UGCGCGGUGGCGUCUGUUGUGGAGAGCGGGCCGCGUCUCCUCCUCCUUCUCCUGUGUCCCCCUCCGCCGGCCUCGCCCGUCAGCUUCGUCGCCUCAGCCGCCGCCGCCGCCAUGAAGUUCGUCUACAAGGAGGAGCACCCCUUCGAGAAGCGCCGCUCUGAGGGGGAGAAGAUCCGCAAGAAGUACCCCGACCGAGUCCCGGUCAUCGUGGAAAAAGCGCCCAAGGCCCGGAUAGGAGACCUGGACAAGAAGAAAUACCUUGUCCCAUCAGACCUCACAGUUGGGCAGUUCUACUUCCUGAUCCGGAAAAGGAUCCACCUUCGAGCGGAGGAUGCGCUCUUCUUUUUCGUUAACAACGUCAUCCCCCCAACCAGUGCCACCAUGGGGCAGCUCUACCAGGAACACCACGAGGAAGACUUCUUCCUGUACAUUGCCUACAGCGAUGAGAGCGUCUAUGGGGGCAGCCUGUGAGGCGCGCCACCACCUGCCACCAUCAGGGGGCAGCACCUGCUCCUGAAGGGACCUGCACUUUUUGUUGUUGUUGAUUUUAUGUUCAAGAGCCUUUGGCCCAGGAAAAAGGGGGGUGUUUUGGUCUUUUUUUCCCCUUUCCCUCCUUCUCUGCAAUCCUUUUAGCCUCAUUUCCUUAUCAACCCAUUUCUUUCUCCUCCCUCCGCAUGCUCUGGUUGGGCUUUUUUGUUUUUGAGGUGGUUGUACGGCUGAAAGCAAGAUACCUCUCUCUCCUUCCGUUCUUUGUAAUUCCUUCACACUUACCUGCUUUUAUUUUCCUCCCUCCUUUUCCCUUUGCUUCAUCCCCCUCUCCUUUUAUUCCUCCCCUUUUCUUUCAAAGGGGUGGGGAGACUUUCUCAACAUUUCCUCCCCAGUUUUGAUCUUGCCACUUUGCGCCCUGAGUUUUUGUUUCCUGCCAGGGCUGUGUUCCGCCUGGCAGUCUCUUAUUAACCAGAGGGGAUGGGGAAUGCUAAUUAAAACAAUAUCUAAGGAGAAACACAA